GCAGUGCUGCGGAUGGAGGAGCGCUGCGGUUGGUGUGCUGGUGGGUGAAGUCGGCCCUCGCAUCAUGUCAUCAUGUGUCUCUAGCCAGCCCAGCAGUGACCAGACCACCCCCCAGGAUGAACUGGGGGGCAGGGGCAGCAGCAGUGAAGGCCAGAAGCCCUGUGAGGCCCUCCAGGGCCUCUCCUCCCUGAGCAUCCGCUUGGGCAUGGAGUCCUUCAUCGUGGUUCCUGAGUGUGAGCCGGGCCGGGCUGUGGAUCUCCGUCUGGCCCGGGGCCGGACCCUGGAGACUGAUGGCCACGAAGUCUCCCUUAACGCGUCAGGGUCCCAGGCCCGGUUCUCAGCUCGAAAACUGUCCCUGCAGGAGCAACCCCAGGGUAGGCUGACUGCUGGCAGCCCUGGUGUGAACGGUCGCUGUGCCCCCUCCCUGUCCUACUCGCCCGCCAGCUCCCCGCAGUCCUCACCACGGCUUCCCCGGCGGCCCACGGUGGAGUCUCACCACGUCUCCAUCACAGGCAUGCAGGACUGUGUGCAAUUGAAUCAGUACACACUGAAGGACGAGAUUGGAAAGGGCUCCUAUGGUGUGGUCAAGUUGGCUUACAAUGAGAAUGACAAUACCUACUAUGCGAUGAAGGUGCUGUCCAAAAAGAAGCUCAUCCGACAGGCAGGCUUUCCACGUCGCCCCCCACCUCGCGGUACCCGCCCAGCUCCUGGGGGCUGUGUUCAGCCCCGGGGUCCCAUUGAGCAAGUGUACCAGGAAAUUGCCAUCCUCAAGAAGUUGGACCACCCUAAUGUGGUGAAGUUGGUGGAGGUCCUAGAUGACCCCAAUGAGGACCAUCUGUACAUGGUGUUCGAGCUCGUCAACCAGGGGCCUGUGAUGGAAGUGCCUACCCUCAAACCGCUCUCUGAAGACCAGGCCCGUUUCUACUUCCAGGAUCUGAUCAAAGGCAUCGAGUACUUACACUACCAGAAGAUCAUCCACCGGGACAUCAAACCUUCCAACCUCCUGGUAGGAGAAGAUGGGCACAUCAAGAUUGCUGAUUUUGGUGUGAGCAAUGAGUUCAAGGGCAGUGAUGCCCUCCUCUCCAACACUGUGGGCACACCUGCCUUCAUGGCGCCCGAGUCGCUCUCAGAAACCCGCAAGAUCUUCUCUGGGAAGGCCUUGGAUGUUUGGGCCAUGGGUGUGACACUGUACUGCUUCGUCUUUGGCCAGUGCCCAUUCAUGGAUGAGCGGAUCAUGUGUUUGCACAGUAAGAUCAAGAGUCAGGCCCUGGAAUUUCCAGACCAGCCUGACAUAGCUGAGGACUUGAAGGAUCUGAUCACCCGUAUGUUGGACAAGAACCCCGAGUCUAGGAUUAUGGUGCCGGAAAUCAAGCUGCACCCUUGGGUCACGAGGCACGGGGCCGAGCCACUGCCAUCGGAGGACGAGAACUGCACGCUGGUGGAGGUGACAGAAGAGGAGGUGGAGAAUUCAGUCAAACACAUUCCCAGCCUGGCGACCGUGAUCCUGGUGAAGACCAUGAUCCGGAAGCGCUCCUUCGGGAACCCGUUUGAGGGCAGUCGGCGGGAGGAGAGAGCCUCGUCUGUGCCUGGGACUCUGCUCACCAAAAAGCCAACCAGGGAGUGGGAGCCCCUGUCUGAGCCCAAGGAAGCAAGGCAGCGAAGAGCUGGCCCCCGCAGGGGAGGAGGAAGUGAUCUUGUGAAAGGUGGUCCCUGCGUGCAAAGUUGGGGGGUCCUGGCCCCUGGCUCCCCCACGCAUAAGCCUCCACAGCAGCCUGAAGAGGUGAUGGAGCCGGAGUAGCGUCUGGACCGCUGGACCUCGCAUGCCUGGCUGUGCUGCCCCGCGCGGGCGGCUGCACCGCGUUUCCAUAGCCGCAUGUCCUAUGGAAACCCGCACGUGUAGAGCCUUGACCGUCAUCUCUGGUUACUUGUUUUCUUCCUUGUUAUUUUAAAGGGGACAAAAAAAAAAAAAAAGACCCUGUGAUGUUGUGGCCGCUGGCUGGCUGGACCCACGGCUAUGAGUUGCAGACCCAAAUCCAUGUGCAUUUUGGGACAGUUGCUUUUUAAAAUGUUUUUAUGCCAAAAACAACAACAACAACAAAGAAACAACCUUCAUUGGGAAUUCAGAGCCCUGUGAGAUGUUCUGAGUGAGCGUGCACAGGCGUGGACUGUCGGGAAGCAGGCACGCACGAUGUGGCUGUUUCCAGAGGGAGUGGAAGGUUCAGGUCACUCCUGUGAAAACCCCAAGCCGUGGAAUCUUCCAGAACAGUGCCUGGAGAGCAGGGCUGGCACUCAGAGCUGCAGGGAGCUGCCACACAAUUCAUGCGCCAGAAGGACUUAUGAAUGCUUUGAUGUCAGGAUAAUCGGAAGGGCUGCAAGUCGCAUUGCUUCCUAAAAUGGAUUUUCCAGCCUAGCAGGGGUUCGCCAGGCGUGGUAGGGCUCCUGCUGACGCACAGUGGGUCUCUGGUGGUGGCUGGCCAGGCACUAGUGAAGCUCAUUGUUAAAUGAUAAAAACUUCAGGGUGAAAUCCUAUACUUCCAUGUACAUUACAUGGCUUACGAUUCAACAUACAAAUGAAUUCCAGUUCUCUAGACAACUCUAGAGAAGUUCUAGAAGAUUCAGUUGUCUAGACUGAACUCUAGAGAAGUUACUUGGAGCUUCCAGGUCUUGUGUCACGGCUCCAGCCUGGUGACACGUGUGCCUGCGUAUCAGCAGCUCCACUGCCAUGCCUCUGAGCUUGCCUUUCCAUCCUAGCUGCUUGUGUAAACCCCACCGCAGCUUCCAGGGCCACGUGGGGAAGCCGAGACUCUGGCCAUCCUUGGCAGCACAAUGUGAGGGUACACACAGUGAUAUGGGACACCCUUUCGGAACAUUGUUGAGACUCCGGGUCCAAGGGACCCAGGGCUUGGCACAGGAAGUUACCUUUGGUAACCAGUAGCCCAGAGCAAAAAAGGUGAUUUUUUUUUUUUCCUUCCAACCAAUCUUGGGAAGUUUGGCUGGGGUUUGGAUGUGACUGUUGCUGCCAUCCAGGGGUAGGUGUGCGUGAGGUUCAAGGGGAGGGAAGCUGGAAGGGCUCCCCAGUGCAUUGCAGGGAAAUGGGGUGUUGAUAACAGAGCUUGGAAGACCCCGUUUCUCUUGUUUUCUGCCUUGGUUCUGGGACUUUCUACAGAGAGAGAGCGAGGCUGGUUCCCCUGCCCAGAGCCACAGAGUGCUGGCAUUCUUGGCUUCCAUAGGUUUUUCUUAUGCUCUUGACUGUAGUUUAGCCAGACUUUUCUUGUGUAAGUAUAGCAUUAGGGCAUGCUGGUUCUGAAGAGCAAGGACUCCAGUCUCAGUGGGGUCCCCUCACCUGCUUGCUUUGUGUCUAUAGUCGAGUAUUUCCUCUUGCCCUCCCCCUCUUUCAGGGGAAAGCACCCAGUAGCUCCACCCUCCAGUAGUAGAUGGGGUCUGGUAAGUUCGCAAUAGCACCUUGCAGUGGUUUAAGCCAACCGGUCCUUAGUCUCCAUCCAGUCUGCCUGGGUGGACACCAGCCUGGGGAAGGAAGGGCGCAGCGCCCCUUGUGUUUACACAACAGCAUCAGGCAAUGCCAUUUCUCAUUUCUCCUACCACGGAACCUUCCAUCCAAGACGUCCUACGUGGAAUGCCAGCCACCAGGCAACAGACAGAUGUUCAGGCAGGUGGUGGGAGAAGGGCCACAUCAAUAACAUUAAAAAAAAAAUAGCAGGGUGCUGGUGGCUCAGGCCUGU